GCAUCCAACGUGGGACUACGGAACGAUCACAGAAAAAAAAAGAAAAAGUAACUCAAGAAAGGAAAAAACUCAUGGCGGUGGGUGCACGGUCGGAAGGAGGGGGCACUCUAUUUUGCUAUUAAUCGGAUCGUCGAAAUUUUGUGACCACAGACUGCACCUGAUAAACUGUCUGCUGAGUUGUGCUUGAGCGGAUCGUGUGUAUUUCAAAGUUGGAUUUACUCGACUGCGGUGGCGAAGCGCUGGGAAGAUUUGGACGAUAUGCAGUGCUCGGCUUGAGAGACCAACGCUGGAGUUUUCGGGACUGUUUCUGCGGCUCUUAACUUAUUUGCUACGUCUUUAACUUUGGACAGGACAUUUUUUUAUCCCCGUCAGAAGUCAACGAGUGACCGUUUCGCUGAGUUUUAAACGGUUUUGCUUGCGGUUCCGUUGAUCAACAGUGUUUUUUUUGAGAGAGCUAUGCGAGUGCCCUUAAACAUUAUGCAGUUGCAUGUUUUUAAUCAUGUCACCAGAGGCAGUUAUCCUGUCGAGAAAGUAGUUUAUAGCCCUUUAUGAACGCUCUGUGUCAACUUACAUUUAAGUUCAGGGCGACAUAUAAAUUCGCUGUAGCCUGCUUUUGUUAAUCUGUGAAUCCCCUUUGAUUUUUAGCCCGCAUCGGACACCAGAGGAGAAAGUUGGACCUGGGAACUUGUGUCCUAAAUGACUGUCAUUGGGAUGGAAAACGUUUUACUGCGCCACAGUUGUUUGUGCUAGCCUCUGUAGCACAAGAAGACAAUUAAUGUGCUAUAAAAGCCACUCGGUCUGUGCGAAGCUACAUUAAUAUACCACCUUGUGGGUACAAGGAGAGAGCUCAGCGGCCGCGCUAUUAAAACUGGAUACAAAAUGGCGGCGUCCCUGGGACGAUUUGGACAUGUUUCUCGUUGUGUGUUUUAUUUAAUUUUGUCUGCUGAACUGUUCAUCAGUUAUGGAUUGAGUUCAGACUUGCCCUGUGCCCAGAACUGUACCUGCAGCGGGGAUUCAGUGGACUGCAGCGGUCUGGAGCUGACAGCUACGCCUCUGGACCUUCCAGUCCGGACUGUUUCCUUAAAUCUUGGCAACAACAAGCUGACCGCCAUCAGUACCGAGGCUUUUGACAACCUUCCCAACUUGAGAGAGCUGCGGCUGGACCACAAUGAGCUGACCUCCAUACCAGAUUUAGGACAGGCUGCCUCCAAGAUUGUAUCUCUCUACCUACAUCAUAAUAAGAUCCGCAGUAUAGAUGGAAGGCGGACUAGAGAGCUGGUUUCUGUGGAAACCCUGGACCUGAGCAAUAAUGACAUCGCUGAGCUCAGAGGGCACUGCUUUCCUGCAGGCCUCCAAAUCAGGGACUUGUACCUGAGCAACAACAAGAUCAGCAUGUUGGAGCUCGGAGCUCUGGAUCAUCUGGGCUCAACUCUACAGGUCCUGAGACUGAGCCGAAAUCGCAUCAGCCAGAUCCCCGUGAGAGCCUUCCAGCUCCCGAGGCUCACCCAGCUUGAGCUGAACAGGAACCGUAUUCGUCAGGUGGAGGGUCUGACCUUCCAGGGACUGUCCAGCCUUGAGGUCCUCAAGCUGCAACGAAACAGCAUCAGCAAACUGACUGAUGGGGCCUUCUGGGACUUGGCCAAGAUGAAAGUCCUUCACUUGGACUACAACAGCCUGACAGAGGUGAACAGUGGCUCCCUGUACGGCCUGACCUCCCUGCAGCAGUUAUUCCUCAGUAACAACUCUAUAGCCCGCAUCAAUGCUGAUGGAUGGAAGUUCUGCCAGAAGCUGAGGGAACUGAAUCUGUCGUACAACAACUUGACUCGUCUGGAUGAAGGCAGUCUGUCCGUGCUGGGGGAUCUCCAAACUCUCCGUCUGGGCCACAAUUCCAUCAGCCACAUCGCCGAGGGAGCCUUCAGAGGCCUCAAGGCCGUACGCAUCCUGGAGCUGGACCAUAACGACAUCUCGGGCACAAUAGAGGACACCAAUGGGGCCUUCUCUGGAUUGGACAGCCUCAACAAGCUGACUCUAUUUGGAAACAAGAUCAAGUCAGUGGCCAAGAAAGCCUUCGCAGGCCUGGAGACCCUGGAACACCUGAACUUGGGAGACAAUGCUAUUCGCUCCAUCCAGCCCGAUGCCUUCAGUAAAAUGAAGAACCUCAAAAGCCUUCUUAUUCAAAGCGACAGCUUCCUGUGUGACUGCCAGCUCCACUGGUUGCCUGACUUUUUGGUGACACACAGCUUGCAGGCUGGUGUCAGUGCCACCUGCGCACACCCAGAGAGCCUCAAGGGCACCAGCAUCUUCCAGGCUCCAUCCAGCAGCUUUGUGUGUGACGACCUCCCAAAGCCUCAAAUCACCGUGCAGCCAGAAACUACAGUGACAGUCCUUGGAAGUGACGUACAUCUCACCUGUACAGCCGCGAGCAGCAGCUCCUCCCCCAUGACCUUUGCGUGGCGUAAGGACCAGGAGCUGCUUCGCCACGCCGAGACGGAAAACUUCGCCCAUGUGCGUGCUCACCACCAAGGAACUACAUCUGAUGCACCAGCGACAGGUGGAGGCGUGAUGGAGUACACCACUAUCCUGCACCUACGGCGUGUCACCUUCGCCCACGAAGGCCGUUACCAGUGCAUCAUCACCAACCACUUUGGCUCCACAUACUCCAGCAAGGCCCGACUCAUCGUCAAUGUUCUCCCCUCCUUCGUUAAGACUCCCAGAGACAGCACCAUCAGGACGGGCCACACAGCCAGGCUGGAGUGCGCCGCCGAGGGCCACCCGGCACCGCAGAUUGCCUGGCAGAAGGACGGCGGCACGGAUUUCCCCGCCGCCCGGGAGCGCCGAAUGCACGUCAUGCCUGACGAUGACGUGUUUUUCAUCAUGGACGUCAAACCGGAGGACAUGGGCUUAUACAGCUGCACAGCCAAAAACACAGCUGGCACCGUCUCUGCCAACGCCACCCUCACUGUGCUGGAAACACCCCACCUGGCCCAGGACCUGGAGGACCGCAGCGUGGUGGUCGGGGACACGGUGGCCUUGCAGUGUAAGGCCCUAGGCAGCCCACCGCCACGCAUCACCUGGCUGCACAACGACCAGCCGCUGCGCCUCUCCGACAGACACCAUUUCACCCCGGGGAACCAGCUGCUGGUCAUCGGCUCUGCCUCGCUGGAGGACGCCGGCCGCUACACCUGCCUCAUGUCCAACACGCUGGGUACGGAGCGCGCUCACAGCCAGCUGGUGGUGACCCAGCGUCGAAGCCCCUGCGCGACGCCGGUGGGGCCAAGCACGGUCACUAUAGGGAUCAUAGUCAUCGCUGUGGUGACGAGUAUCGUGGUGACGUCGCUCGUGUGGGUGUGCAUCAUCUACCAGACGAGGAAGAAGAGCGAAGAGUGCAGUGUCACCAACACAGAUGAGACGAUAGUUCCUCCGGACGUCCCCAGCUACCUGUCCUCCCAGGGCACGCUGUCCGAGCGGCAGGAGGUGUGUAUUCGCGUGGAGGCCGGCGGUGGACCUCAGCCCAACGGACACGUCCUGGACGCCACAGGUUUUGAUGGUGCAGUCGUGUGCACAGAUUGUAUGGAGAACUCCAGCAGCUACUCCAAAGACCCAGACUACCUGACUCAUGGGUUUGGCCCCGCUGGAGGCAUGGAGUACCAACAACACUCGGCUCCCCCGCCUUACUCUCACCGUCACCAAGGCGAGCAGCACGACGCAAGGCCACAUUCACCUUCGCUCUGCAACGGGACACCCAACGGGAUCCGAAAGGACGUUCAAGAAUUUCCAAAAAACCACAAUACGUUACAACAGAACCAACAUGAGAGAAAAGCGAGCAGAGCGGGACAAACGCCAGCGUUCUCUCCAUCACAGGAGGACUCCUUCCACAAGCCGGUGAAGCUGACGAGCCGCGGUUGCCUCGACAGUGACUGUGAGCCUGAGCUCAGGCAGACUCUGCUGCCCAACGGACACCACACCCUCAGAGCCUCUCAGAAUGAGAGCACCCCCCAAAGGAGAGCCAGCGACUAGCAGGCGCUCCAUCCAGCCCUAAGGCAUCCACUCACAGUAGUGGAGUGGACUUACUUUUUUGUUUUGUUUUUUUUUUUGCACUGGGAAAUAAACUGCUACCUCAUAUCGAGGCAAUGGAUCCUGAGCCUCCUGGAUCUGGACUGAAAGGGAGCACCAGGAGGCGGAGGGGUAGAAAGGCAGGGGGGCAUCCGGAGUGUGAAGGUGGAGCUUGUGUGGGUGGCGUCCCAUCUGAGCGUAUCAGCUGUACAUAGUUAAAAACCUUCAUUUGGGAGGUGACCAAUUAAAAAAAAACAACAAAAUUCUAGCUCCAAAAAAAUGUGACUUGCAUUUGAAGCAUGUAAAUGUAGGGAAUCUUGUAAAGUAUAUUAAAGUGCAGGGGAAAAAGAGAAAGAGAGAUAUACCUUUGAACAUUUGACUGUACAUAAGAGUUUUCUUAUAUUAUAUAUUAUAUAACUUUUACAAAAGAGUAUUUGAAUUUAUGUGCAUGAAAAAGAAAGGAGUGAUGGUAUUUUUAUUUUUCUUCAAAAAAAAAACCAACAAAAAACAAAAACAGCCUUUUUUCAGCUUUUACCAACAUUCAGCUGCGGUGCCUUAUUGCAUGAUCAAAGAAAACUCAACUUGUGAUAGCAUAUAUCAAGAGACUUUUUGCGAGAGAUACUGGUACACUCCUUAUAGCAAACAAAAACAAACACUUGAUUGCACUUGAAAGUUUUUUUUGACAAACGCUGCCAACCACGGCCUUACAGAAACACAACACAUCCACUGUUAUCCGUAUGAAGGAAGAGCUUCGAUGUCAAUUAUUUUUGGUGCGUCAGAGGGUUCGAGCUGGGAUAUUUGCAGGUGGUCAGUUAAAGCACUUUUUUCUGUUCACUUCAUGAACGAGCAGAUGGCGUACAUGAUGUCUGCCAAUAGGAAUGCAGGAACCUCCUCUGUGUGAGGAGCCGCUACGCUCAUUUUGACACAGUGAAAUCAACCGUUCAUACUGUACCAUUAAGGCUUUGGCAACUGUUUCACAAUGCUACAAGUUACAGCAAAGCUGCUCUGAUUUAGCUGGGACAAAAUAUUCUUUGUACUCCGAUUUGUUUUGUUAUUUGUCCAAGAAAGUAAACCCCCCUCCCCCUCCCCCUCUUGGCAAGUUCGCAACCAAAUGUGGCUAACAGCUGUCAGUUGUUCAUGAUGAAUCCUACGCGCACUCAACAUUUACUUUGCUGAACGCUUAGUUAUACCAUUCUAAUGCUAUGAACCUUAAAGACCGAGAAAUCGGCCAGAAUGAUGUGUUGUGUCAUCCUGUUACUGCUGUAAUGUGCCUCAGCAACCACUGUAGUGCGUUCGCAGGCAAAUGGCCAGUAAUCUGCCUCUGUCACAUCACCACAGUGCAACAAUAACAUUAUCAUCGCCACAGCUGAAUAUUGUCUUGUGUUCUGAGGAAACUAAAGGUGUGGUCUCAUGCUGUGAAACAGGGAAGCUUGUGAAAUGUGCUCUAACCAAACCUGGAGGAUUAAAUGCAGUCAGGACUGUCAUGAUCCCUGGAUAAACCGGCUCAGAAAUCAGGCAAAGCAGUAGUCACAUUGUCUAAUGUAUGCAUGCGUUUCGCCAGUGUGCGCUUGUGUGAACCGUGUUUGUUACCAGUGGCCUUAUCGAGGUAAACUGGAGGACACGCUCCUCUGGUUACCCCUGAUAGCACCUAUCAGAGAUGAUUUUACCAGCAAGACCAAUUGGAGCUCCCUGCUGGGAAACCAAUCCCAGCAUGGCAGAUAAAAGGGACAAGAGGGCGUGAGGUGCAGUUCAUGUUCAGAGUAAUUUAUUGAAACAAACUGUCUGAAACCGUUGUACCAAUGUCAAAGCUGAAACAGUGAAGUGUCUAACAUGGCAUUGAAGUGUCAAUUAAAAUCCAAUUUUGCUAUUA